GACUGUAAAGACAGAGGUGAGGAAACAUGAUGGAGGAAAAGGGAAAAGAGAACAGCAUCGCAGCUAUGGCCACCUGCUACCAGAAAUUUGAUCCUGCAGCAUAUUUGCAGUACAACUACACUCCACCACGCGCUGAUUUUGCGAGAAAAGACAGCAUAGUGCCUUGGAAACUGGCCUGUUUACACAGAGCUUUCACUGAAGGGGAUGUGAGCGGUGAGCUCCUGGUGGACAUCGGAUCAGGUCCCACUUUUUAUCAGGUGAUGAGUGGCUGUGAAGUUUUCAACAAAGUGAUCCUGACAGAUUUCUUGGAGAUCAACCGACGGGAGCUGCGGCGCUGGCUGCAGGAUGAGGGAGGAUGCAGCCUGGACUGGACUCCCUACUUGGAACAUGUCUGCAAGCUGGAGGGCCGACGGUCCUCAGCUUGGCCUGAGAAAGCCACCCGGCUGCGUCAGGUCGUGUCAGACGUCCUCCCGGUUGACGUGCACUGCUCCCAGCCUGUGGCUCUGGACUCGCUCCCGUCAACCGGGGCCGACUGCCUGGUGUCCUGCUUCUGCCUGGAGAGCGUCAGCCCCGACCUCCCCGCCUUCACCAGGGCGCUGGGUCACAUCGGGAAGCUGCUUCGUCCCAGAGGCCACCUCAUGCUGAUCGGAGCCCUGGGGGAGAGUUAUUAUUUCGGUGGUCCAGGGGUGAGGAUCCCUGUGGUCCCCCUGAAUGAAGCCCAGGUCUGUGAUAGUUUGAGGGAAACCGGUUUUACCCUGAUCAGGCUUGAAGUCUACACUCUGCCUCAGGAUAUGCAGGUUGGAGUUGAUGAUGUGACUGGGGUGUUCUUCGCAAAGGCGAGGAAGGAUUAAUUGGGGUCACCGGCAUAGAUGUGGCUUUGCUGCUUAUUAGUCAAAUAUAAGUUGAGCACUCAGAUAAAUCCACAUUUGUUUUUUCUUGCAAUGAGAAGUUAGUUUAAAUGUAAUUGGAGAAAGAAAAAUAAUCCUCAAAGAUAAAAAUGUUUUCUAAGUUUCUCUAGCUUUAGUUGUGAGGAACGCAGUUAAAGACUGACCCCUGCUGGUGAUAUACGGCCACUACCGCUGACACAGAGACCUCCAGUUGUCAAAACAUUUUGUGUCAUUUGUAAAAGUUAAAGGAGUUUUAUCUAUUCUGUGUUAUAUUCUUAUUAAAAAGCAAUGUCUAUCUUGUUCGCUUAUAUAAAUAUGCUCCAUAUAUGUUUAUCCAGAUACUGAGAAAACAUAAAAAGCAUAAAUAAAAUAUAUAAUUUAGAGCAAAUAUAAAAAAGAAAGCUAUGUUUUACUGCAUUUCUGGUGUGUAAGGUUGUGCAAUUGGAUAAAUUAAGCACUAGAUGACACUUUACAGCUUUUUACACCUAAAAAUCAAACUCAAACAAUGAAGUCUAAUGGGAGCCCACUUGAAACCCUUCCUGGUGUGGUCACUCCUGUUCUACCUAUAGACUCACAGUCAGUAAGUAACAAUCCUGAAGUUCUGGAAUACAGACAGAAAAUAACAGAGCUUCUUGUUUUGCUUCACUUCUCAUCCAAAAGGCUUCUUCAGAUUGUCAUAAUGGGUUUGGUUUUCCAUCCUGAUGUGUUAUUUUGGGAUCAUAAUAAGUUCCUGAACCAACUGCAUCCCUGAGUUCCCAGAGCCAGAAAAACAUGUGUUUCGCAUGUUUCAAAAAUUCAGUGGUUGUAGAGCCACCGGAGAAGAAGUAAAGGCUGCACCAUAACAUACGGAGAUAAAAAUCUAUAGAUUUCUUCUGGUUACUGGUACUUCAGUGUGUUAGUUCAGGGAUUUUGAACUCAUUUUCAUUUUGGGCCAUAUCAAAAUCUGAAUGUUCUUAAAGGGCCAGUUGUGCCAGAAUGUGCAAUUCAGCUAUUAAAAUAUCAAUAAACAACUUUUUGUUUCAGCA